ACAGUGUGCAGCAGUGCUGCUGAGAUCAUGUCUGUGCUGUUUUUCUACAUCAUGAGGUAUAAACAGAUGGACCCGGAGAACCCGAACAAUGACAGAUUCGUCCUCUCCAAGAGUCUGUCGUUUGUUAAUGUGGCAACUGGAUGGCUGGGGGAAGGACUGGGGGUCGCGUGUGGGAUGGCAUAUACUGGCAAGUACCUUGACAAGGCCAGCUACCGGGUGUUCUGCCUCAUUGGAGGUGACGAGUCCUCGGAAGGCUCCGUCUGGGAGGCCAUGGCCUUUGCUUCCCACCACAGUCUGGACAACCUCGUGGCCAUCUUUGACAUGAAUCGCCUGUACCACAGAGGCACCCUGCCCCUCAAGCACUGCACAGACGUCUUUCAGAAGCGCUGUGAAGCCUUUGGGUGGAAUACUUUCGUGGUGGAUGGCCGCGAUGUGGAGGCACUGUGCCAGGUGUUCCAGCAGGCGGCUCAAGUGAAGAGCAAGCCCACUGCUAUAGUUGCCAAGACCUUCAGGGGCCACGGCAUGCCACAAGUUGAGGAUUCAGAAAAUUGGCAUGAAAGGCCAAUGCCAAAAGAAAGAGUGGAUACAAUUAUCAAACUAAUUGAGAGCCAGAUACAGACCAAGAAGAAGCUUGACCCAAAACCCCCUGUUGAAGACUCGCCUCAAAUCAACAUCACAGAUAUAGAAAUGAUCUCUCCACCUGCUUACAAUGUUGGUGACAUGAUAGCUACUCGGAAAGCAUGUGGUUUGGCCCUGGCUAAGCUGGGCCAUGCAAAUGACAGAGUCGUCGUGCUGCACGGUGACAGCAAGAACUCCACCUUCUCUGAGAUAUUCAAGAAGGAACACCCUGAGCGCUUCGUUGAGUGUUGUAUUGCUGAGCAAAACAUGGUAUGUUCUGUGGGCGGUGAGUGUCUUUCCUGUUGGCUCUCGCUGCUGGGCAACGCCGGGGCCCUUGGCGACAGCUCCCCGGCCCCGUCCAAGGCCGCCAUGCACUUCUUGAACCCCAGGACCGUGGGUGUCAGGAGAGCCGGGCUCUCUGUCUCCGUCCCAUGA